AAAAAAAAAAAAAAAAAAAUUUAUCAACAUGUACUUAGUAGAUAUUACCAAAAACACGUAGUACUAUUGGUGCGUGUAUUUGGACUUCCCAAUAAUUUCUGUGGUGCAACAGAGCUUCUCUCUCUCUCCCUCUCUCUCUCUCUAAAGCUGCAGCGAGAUUUGAGUUCAGGUACAUAUGGCUUCAAUAGUUGCAAACCUUGUUCCACCACUGUUCGUCAAUGGCAGACAACCCCUUUUGAGAACUCUUCGGAAAUUUGCAGUCUCUCCCCUUAGAGAGAGACAACAUCAUGUUGCUGUUGUUGCAAAGGCAAUGGGUGAGAGCUCCGAUUCUUCAACCUCCCUAAGUGUUGUUAAAUCUGUUCAAAGCAUUUGGGAUAAAUCUGAAGAUCGAUUUGCUCUUAUUGGAUUGGGAUUUGCAGCUGUUGUAGCUCUUUGGGCAUCUGUGAAUCUAAUUACAGCCAUUGACAAACUUCCUCUUGUCCCUAGUGUAUUUGAAUUCAUCGGGAUAUUGUUUUCUUCGUGGUUCAUAUAUCGCUAUCUCUUAUUCAAACCUGAUAGGGCAGAGCUAUUUCAGAGCAUCAACAAGUCGGUAUCGGAUGUUUUGGGCCAGUAAUGUGCAGCCGGAUGAGAUUGGAAUUCAUAAUUAUGUUUGUCUACAAUUUAUAUUGUUGUAGCACUGAAGAAUGUAACCGGCAUUUGUGCGAUGGACAAUGUCAGCGCUGUAAUAUAACCAUGACAAAGCAUUUUAACUCGUAAUCCCUUGUUCUGUGGUUCCAAUUCAAGAUGGAUUCACAUAUUAUUAUUAUUAAUUUUUUUUUUCCUACUCUA